AUGGAGGCCUUAGAAGAUUCCCGCCCGUUCCGAACUCUAAAAGCCAAAUUCGACGGCAAAUACCCAGGAAAAUCGAACACCAUACGACCGAUAUCGCUCGCUACCGGCCUAGACGGGAGAAAGGUCGCGACGGUUACCUUCCGGAAAGGAAAGAUACUACGGGCAGCGUUGGGCUUGAGGCCCGAAGACAGGGUUGUUGAGGGUUGUGAUGCUGUGGGGAUUGACGACGAGUUUCAUGGGCUGACCCCGUUGAACGACGGUGGAGAGAUGGACAUCGUUGCGAUACACGGACUGAAUGGACACGCCUUCGACACAUGGUGUUGGCGGCAACACGCCAAACGGAGCUGGUGCUCCCCCAGAGAGGGUUUGGACGACUCUGUCAUGUGGUUUCGAGAUCAUCCUGUGGAUAGAAUUGGCCAAGCAAGAGCGAAGGUCUGGGUAUAUGGCUACAAUGCGAACUCUAAGAGGAGGAGGCCACUCGUCCUUAUUGCACAUUCUAUGGGAGGACUAGUCAUCAAGCAGGCGAUGAUAUGGGGGGCCUUGCAAGAGGAUAAAGAAUGGCCGCAUUUCCUCAAUGUUGUCAGGUCUAUCCGCGGCAUCAUGUUCUUCGGGGCCCCGCACAGAGGUGGAAACGGUGUCCCUGUUGGGAGGCUCGUCGCCACACUUCGAAAGAUGGUCAAUCUCGAGGCAAGGACUGACCUCAUAGAGCUUUUGAAGAAGGACUCCUCGACGCUGGAUGACCUGUCGGACACGUGGAAGAACAUUGUGGACCAACGCAACUUGGAGUUACGGAUUGGUCGAAAUGUCAAAUUCGACCAACAGGGUUGCGACCGAUGA